CCCCGAAACAUCCCCGCCCCCGGUUCGCCCUGCCUCUCCAGAGCCCUCCCGGCCGGCGCGCGCGGCCAGCGCAGACCUCCCGGCUCGAUAGGCGGCGCGGGUGGCGGUAAAAUGUCUGCUCCAGGACCUUACCAAGCAGCUGCAGGCCCUUCUGUAAUGCCCACCGCACCCCCAACCUAUGAAGAAACAGUGGGUGUCAACAAUUACUACCCAACGCCCCCAGCACCUAUGCCAGGACCAGCCACAGGGCUCAUUACAGGCCCAGAUGGGAAGGGCAUGAAUCCACCUUCUUACUACACCCAGCCUGUGCCUGUCCCCAACGCCAACGCAAUUGCCGUGCAGACCGUUUAUGUGCAGCAGCCCGUCUCCUUCUAUGACCGCCCUGUCCAGAUGUGCUGUCCUUCCUGCAGCAAGAUGAUCGUGACCCAACUGUCCUACAAUGCCGGAGCCCUCACCUGGCUCUCCUGUGGCAGCCUGUGCCUGCUGGGAUGUGUUGCUGGCUGCUGCUUCAUCCCAUUCUGCGUAGACGCCCUGCAGGAUGUGGACCACUACUGCCCCAACUGCAAGGCGCUCCUGGGCACCUACAAGCGCUUGUAGGACUCGGCCGGCCAGCCAGGGGAGGUAGUAGACAAGUGCUACCGGAAGUCGCCUGACCCUUUCCCAGCACAGCCAGAAGAGGCCCUUCCUUGAUCUCAUCUCUUCGUGGGCUCCAUCUUCGUGUCUUUUAGGGGGUGGGAAAGGUCAGAAAAGUAACAAACCUCCAAACCCAGAAACUGCUGCUGGAGUUGUGCCCUGCACAUGCAAAGACGUGGACCUUGGGUGUUGUUUCAAGGGUUUGCUGCCUGCUCAUGUUACCCCACUAACUGUGAUUGUUACCCUAUUUGCAUCUCCUCUGCUGAUUUGCCAUUGGCUGCCUCCUCUUCCUCAGUGGGCCUUGCUGGUGCCAGUCUCCAACCCCGAAGCCACAGUUUGCCUUAUUUUUCACUGUUUGGUUUAAUCUAUUCCAUCUCUUCCCAUCUCCAAUGAGAGGCCUUGCCUUAAAGACUUUGCGGUUCUGUAAUUGUAGACUUCUCCAGCACUCAGAAUCACUUUAAUUUCAUAGAGUUUUUUUUUCCCCCCAAGUACACAGAAGGGCUGCUCACACCCACCAGACACAUACAGAUAAGGUCACAAGUCCUAAAUAAAAGGCUCAAAUCCA